AUGAGGCCAAUAAACGGUUCAUCACCUGCCAGUGAGAUUAGGACAUGGAGGUCUCCAAUUCCUUACCUCUUUGGAGGCUUAGCUAUAAUGAUGGCUUUGAUUUCUUUGGCAUUGGUGAUCCUUAUUUGCUUCCACAAAAAGCAUGCUUCUCAAUUAACAGCUGAAGGUGAAAACAUCAAACAUGCAAUACCCCUUAACAUAGAGACUGACUCUGAGCCCAAGAUACUUGUGAUCAUGGCAGGAGAUGACAAACCCACCUACCUUGGUAAACCAAUCACUCCUUCAACUUAUUGUAGCUGUGAAGUUGAACCAAUCACUUCAUCAAGCUCAAGCAGUGAACGAGGUUAA